CUCUAAUGAAGAUUAUUACCCAAUUCAGUAGUACUAUGAGAAGUGAAAGAGGUAUAAAAACACACCACCAAUGAGUAAAAACCAAAGACCUGCGCCAGUCUAGAUUCCCUCGCCCCCGGAUUCGUAUAUCGAUACUUUAAUAUCACGAGCCUCGGAGAUCUAACAACAGUAUAAACCCUCGGUUACUGCUUCCUCGACAGUGCCACCCUUCACGGACAUCCUCUUAUGAGUGGCUGCAAUCCGGAUCCUUUUGCUUGUCUGUACAUGAAAGUCUCGGUAUGGAGGGCUCUGAUGGCCGUGGGAAUGAAGUUCCACCACUUCGCCCAGCCUAAACCUCCCUCCCCUGACUUCGAGAUCACCAUCCCCUCUAGGCUCUCCACGGGUAGAGGCACUUUCAAGCUGGUCUUCUACGUCCCUCUAUCCUACUUCGACCCAGAUGGAACAGACGAUGCACGAUGGGCUUCAUCAGUAAUCCAUGAAACUGGUGCCGUCGUCGUUAGUGUGGCCUAUCGCCUCGCGCCCGAAUACCCCUUCAGCGUCGGAGUCGAAGAUGGGACAGACGCUAUUAUCUUCCUCGCAUCUUACGCCAAGGAGCUGAACCUGGAUCCCCACCGCAUAGCCAUCUCUGGCUUCUUAGCAGGAGGAAACUUUGCAUUUACGGUUCCCCUCAUGUUCGGCGCCCGCGUGGCUCAGUCCUACCCUUUAAGCUCUUCACUCAGUUUACCUCGUUCUAAUGCCACCUGUUUGAUGGUGUUUGGCCACCCUAGAAUCAAAUUUAAGGAUCGGGAACCGGCCGCGCUGGAAACGGCCCUGAAGGUUCCCAAUCUAACAAUCGUCUGCAUCGUAUCCUUCUACCCGUUGGUGGAUUUCCGGCAAUCGCGUGAAGACAAACGUUUGACGAAUCCGCAACCGGCAAAGAAUAUCCCCAAAACCCUCACCAAUCUCUUCGAUCAAUCUUAUCAAUCCGGGUGCGAUCUCACAGAUCCCUACCUCUCCCCCGCAGCCGCAUCCGACGACCUCCUCGCAGCUGCGUAUCCCCAAGAUAUCGUGCUUUAUACCUGCGAAUAUGAUAUGUUGAAUGCGGAGGGUGUGAAAUUUGGCGAGAGACUCAAAGGGGAGGGUGUAGGGAAGACAGCCCAUGGCGGUUUGAUUAAGGAAGUACCACACGCAUUCGACAAGAAACCAAAUCCGAUUUCAUUUCCAAAAUCGGCGCAUUUUUGUUAUGCGGAGGCUUGCGCGGAACUGAGCAGAGUGUUUGGAAGCAAAACCUCGGCAGAUCAACAGAAGCAAUUGCAGGAUGAUCUGACCGCGAUUAGGUUCCAGAGCGAAGUGGAAGGGGAUACAGUUCCUGAGGAGGGUCUGACAAAAACAUUAUAG